AUCCACGUAAAGCAUGGAAAUAUGAUUGGCCCAUUUCCGAUCUCUGAAGCAGAGCGAUGGUACACAUGCAUGAGCUGAUUGAUCAGUGAAAUUGCUUCGUCAGUAAGUCUGGAUUCAGAGCAAACUUUUUCUGUGCUAUGUACUAUUCCUACUCAUCAGCAAAAAAAAUAUAUUCCUCCAUAUUCUCGCACAUGACACUGUCACCUCAAGCACUGACACAUCGAUCGACACAGCCGACCAUGCAGGAGGUAGUCACUUCUAAAUGUCCAGGAUAUAUGUGUAUAUACAGUUUCACAUUUCUUCCCAAAUAUAUUGAUGCCAAGAUCCAGAUCCUAUAACUAUACUAGCGUGAUCUACCUCAAGGUUAAUUAGCUCUGCUUCACCCAAGCACAAAUGGCGGACAUUGUCUCCGACGUGUUCCUGUCCUUCUUCUGCUGCUGCUACUACCCUCCCGGCGGCCACCGCGGCGUCGGCGCGCACAACGACACCGCCUUGCGCCGCCGCCGUGGCGGCGCCGGCCGAAGCAGCAGCAGGCCGCCCGUGUCGCUCCAGACGGUGGAGCUCAAGGUGCGGAUGUGCUGCGAAGGCUGCGAGCGCGUCGUCCGGAGCGCCCUCGCCAACCUCCGAGGGGUGGAUAGCGUGGAGGUGGACGUGGCGAUGGAGAAGGUGAGGGUGACGGGGUACGUGGACCGAGGGAGGGUGCUGCGCGAGGUGCGGCGGAGCGGGAAGAAGGCGGAGUUUUGGCCCAGCGGCGGCACGCCGCGGCGGUUCACGUCGGAGAAGGAGUACUUCCGCGACGGCGAGGCGUACAGGGGCAGCUACAACUACCACCGCCGUGGCUACGGCGACGGCGACCGCCACGGCUGGAUGCGAGAGCCCGCCCGCGGCGCCGACGCCGUCAGCAACAUGUUCAACGACGACGACGUCUCCGCCGCCUGCGCCAUCAUGUAGUAUGAUAGUAGUGUCCUUGCCCCAAGCAGUAUCGGAGUGGCUGAUCUAGCAAUUAGUAGAGCUUGUCUAGCAUGAUCUAAUCAAAUAUUUAUCUGUCAUAAAAAAAAGAGAGGAUCGUAGAGGUUACCUACCUUAGCAAUAUGCCAAUCUACUACUCUAUGUCUAAAAGAAAAAAAAACGAAUCUUAGAAUUGGAUGUGACAUAUUUAACAGAGAUAUAUUUAAAUUCGUUGUACUAACAUGUUUAUCACCAUGUUGGUUUUUUAUAAAAGGAUAGAGUAAUAAUACUUAAAGUUA